GUGCGCCAAUUCUGAAGGCACCCGCCCCGUUUCCGCUUUCCCCUUCCUUCCUCCUCGGCACUCCUCGCUCGCCACCACCAACCAAUCAUCCACGCGCCCCGAGGCCCCCGCGCUCCUCGCCGGCAGACGAGCACAACGGAUCAACGCCGGUGCAUCGUUGCUAUCCCUCCCUCCCAUCGGCGAAAGCAUUGACUGCUUCGGCUUCAUGAGUUCAGGGAAAGCACUGGCAUCCAGCAGCUCUUAUUCACCAGUGAACAGCACCAUCUUCUUUCUCUGCCUUUUUGCUGGAUACUUGGGAAUUCCUGGUGGAAGCUUCCACUUGCUUAAGGCUAUUCGCAGUGGAGGAAGCCUAAUUUAGUCCUCACUGUGGCAGAAGUCUUAGUUCAGAAGCCUUUCCUAGAAGUUGCUAAGCCUUUAAAACAUGGUUUCUUCUCAGCCUUCCACUCUGACAGAAACCCUCGCACAGGGCCCCAACCUCUGCCCAGUCAAGAUACUUCUCCCAAUGGGCCCCCCAGAUGUUGUCUCCUCAGAAAGUGUGGAGUACGAUUUCUCUGAUGUUUUCGGUUCCACCCCAGUCCAGACACCAACAAACCUUUGUGGCCAUGGUCCAGACAGUCCUGCGCUUACUGCUGAGUCCAAUGAAGAGGUUUACAAUGAUCCUGUUGUCAUCAUCAAGCGAUCCCAUUCUCUUGUCGGUCCAACAUCACUUGUUAGCCGGUCCUUGCGACUUAGCAAGCUCAGUCUAGGAAAAACAGCGGGAUCAUCAGAACUUGCAAAGUGCCUCUCAGAAGAAAAGGAAGGGGAACAAGGGCAGCUCAGCGAUGAAGAGUUUGAUAAUGCUACAACAGAGUAUGAGGGCGUUGGGCUUGAUGAUUUUGAAAUCUUGAAGCUUGUUGGCCAAGGGGCAUUUGGCAAAGUAUUUCAGGUGAGAAAGAAAAAUACUUCAGAGAUAUAUGCAAUGAAAGUUAUGAGGAAGGAUAAGAUAUUGGAAAAUAAUCAUGCUGAGUAUAUGAAAGCCGAGAGAGAGAUAUUGACAAAAGUCGACCACUCUUUCAUAGUGCAGCUGAGGUACUCAUUUCAGACGAAAUAUCGACUUUAUCUUGUCCUGGACUUCGUAAAUGGGGGGCAUCUUUUCUUUCAGCUCUACAAGCAAGGGUUAUUUAGGGAGGAGCUUGCACGAAUCUAUACAGCUGAAAUUGUAUCUGCUGUAGCGCAUCUUCAUGCCAAUGGAAUUAUGCAUAGGGAUCUCAAGCCUGAAAACAUCCUUCUGGAUGCCGAUGGCCAUGCCAUGCUCACUGACUUUGGCCUUGCAAAGGAAUUCUGUGAAAAUACUAGAUCAAACUCGAUGUGUGGCACUCUUGAGUACAUGGCCCCAGAAAUUAUUCUUGGUCGGGGGCAUGAUAAGGCUGCGGACUGGUGGAGUGUGGGAAUCCUCCUGUUUGAAAUGCUUACGGGCAAGCCCCCAUUUGUUGGGAACAGGGACAAAGUUCAGCAGAAGAUUGUAAAAGAAAAACUGAAGCUUCCUUCAUUUUUGUCAAGUGAAGCUCAUUCCCUCCUGAAAGGCCUGCUGCACAAGGAGCCCAACAAGCGGCUGGGCAGCGGCCCUAGAGGCAGCGACGAGAUAAAGAACCACAAGUGGUUCAAACCAAUCAACUGGAGGAAGCUGGAGGCCCGGCAGAUCCAGCCGAGCUUCCGGCCUAAUGUCGCUGGGCUGACCUGCAUUGCCAACUUCGACGAGUGCUGGACGAAGACGCCCGUGCUGGACUCGCCGGUGGCGACCCCCGCUGGCGGCGGGCACAACAACUUCGCGGGGUUCACUUAUGUCAGGCCUGCGCCGAUCCUUGAGGAGGUGCAGCCAUCGAGCUCUAGGCUGGAAGACUAGGGUGGUAGCGCAUUGGAAAUGUGCGUACAAUUUUGAUCGAGUGAUAUUGAAGUAGUGGGAUGUCUUCUGCGAUGUAUCUUCAGAAGAGACAUUGUUUCUGUGUCGUGUUGUAUACCAUCUGAAUAGGGACAGAUAGCUUGUUAUAUCAUGAUGUACUGGGAAGGUGAAAUGCGUUAAUGAUAAGCGAAUGCUGACGAAGUUUUAGUAAUCUAA